GAGAGAGACCUUGCCUCCUCAACGCCUUAGCUUCCCUUCAGGAACCCGUCAAAGAUGAUCAGCUUUCAUACCAAUGAAUUAUUAUUAUUUUUCCUUUGAGUAAUCUUAAAUACAGAUGGACAGCUAAGCAAUUGGACCGUACUAUCAACACCUAAUCAGAAAUUGCGUGUACGAUUAAUAUAUCGUUUUAUUUGUAAAUCGACUUUAGUACAACCUAGUACUUAGUUUAUUUCUAACCAGGAAGAAAAAGAAACCGUGCUUUGUUAAAUGGCCAAGAAAGCCUGUAUAAAUAACCCUUUGAAGCUAAGUUCAAGAAGCAGCACGAGUCUCAUCCAAAACAACAAAGUACUACUACUCAGACCCUCAAAACAAGAGAGAAACCUAGCUAUCGUCUCUCUCUCUCUUCUUUGCCUCAAAGCCAUGGCUUGUGACAAGAGUUUCUCCAGCAGUUACCUGCUGUUGAGCCCAGAGGAAGUCAGCGCCGUCGAUAUCUUUCGCAUUUUGAUCCACGGUGAUGUGCACGAGAGAGCAUUCGUGGACUCCUCCGAGGAAGGAGAAGAGAGCUUCGAGCGAAGGUGGAUCAUGUUUAUCUCCAUUCUCGCGCAGAAGCUUCUGCUUCUUGUGGCCAAACCCCUGUCUUGGAGCGGGUCGGCGAUUGAGUUUUGGCUGAAUCUCUGGUCGAGCAAUCGGAACUUCGGAAGGCUUCUCGUCAACUGCUUUCGAGGGAAGGUGGUGAUGCCGGAUAAAGCGUCAGGGAGCUUCAUAUCCUUCGUUGGCAACUUGGACAAGAGAGUGGAAUUGGACAAGAGCAUUAGGCCUGGUGACGGCGAGUACCGUGCGGCUCUCUCCAUGAUGGCUUCCAAAGCAUCCUAUGAGAACGAGGCCUUCCUUCAAACGACGGUCACCCACCAUUGGCAGAUGGAGUUCCUGGGGUCUUACGACUUCUGGAAUGAUUAUCAAGGGAAAGCAACCACACGAGCCUUCAUGCUACGUGAUCGCGACACAGUCGUGGUGACCUUCCGAGGCACGGAACCUUUCAAUGCGGAUUUAUGGCGCACAGACUUUGACCUCUCAUGGUACGAGUUACCGGGGGUCGGGAAAAUCCAUGGCGGGUUCAUGAAAGCCCUCGGUCUCCAAAAGAACUUAGGUUGGCCGAAAGAGCUUGACCCGCGUCUAAAAACGCCCGCGCCGUCGGCUUACUAUGCAUUGAGGGAGAAGCUACGGUCGCUGCUCGGUGAGAACGACAAAGCGAAGUACGUGGUGACGGGCCACAGCUUGGGAGGCGCGUUGGCGAUCCUCUUCCCAGCGAUCUUGGCCGUGCAUGGGGAGACGCGGCUGAUGGAGAGACUGGAGGGGGUGUACACAUUUGGUCAACCUAGGGUUGGAGAUGAGAAGUUUGGGGAGUUCAUGGAGAGGGUCUUGAAGGACCAUCAGAUUGAGUACUUUCGAUUCGUUUAUGGGAAUGACAUUGUGCCCAGGUUGCCUUACGAUGAUUCAGCUCUCAUGUUCAAGCAUUUUGGGGGGUGUUGCUACUUCAAUAGCAAAUAUGAAGGGAAGAUUGUCCAGGAAGAACCAAACAAGAACUACUUCUCGCCUACACAGGCAAUACCGAUGAUGAUGAAUGCGUGGUACGAGCUCAUGAGAAGCUUCGUGAUUGCUCACGAGGAGGGACCGGAUUAUAGAGAAGGAUCGUUGUUGAGGAUUCUUAGAGUGAUUGGCCUGCUCAUUCCAGGAUUACCUCCUCAUGUUCCUCAGGACUAUGUAAAUGCUACGAGGUUAGGAGCAUCGCAGUUAUUCCUACACCAACAAUGAUUGUGAAUAGUUUUAGCUUAUACAAUGUAAUAUUGUCUCCUCAGAUUGGAUCACCGAGAUUAAUUAGUUGUAUUGUAAGAAAAGAUAGAAAUUAAAACACAA